GUUCUGUUUAUGCGGAAGUGGAAAGUUCGCUUCCUGGUUGGUGCCCACGUGGAUCUCGUGGAGAGGAUAUUGUGAGCCGGAUACAGGCACAGGGGGUGCAGUAAAGCUCAUAGCUGUGUUAGAAAGGAGAGAAAUACAAAAAGCAUGGGCAAGAAAGGGAAAAAGGAAAAGAAGGUGAAGGGUGCAGAGAAGACUGCUGCGAAAAUGGAAAAGAAAGUCUCCAAAAGGUCCAAGAAGGAAGAGGAGGAUUUGGAAGCCUUGAUUGCUGAAUUCCAGACUUUGGACGCCAAGAAGACGCAGGUCAUAGAGACCUCCUGUCCCGCACCUUCCCCAAGGUUGAACUCCUCCUUCACACCUCACCCAGAAAAAGACGAGCUGAUUCUCUUUGGUGGUGAAUAUUUCAAUGGCCAAAAAACAUUUCUUUAUAAUGAGCUGUAUGUCUAUAACAUAAAGAAGAACUCGUGGUCCAAGCUUGACAUCCCAAACCCACCGCCAAGACGAUGCGCGCACCAGGCGGUGGCUGUCCCUCAGGGAGGAGGACAACUCUGGGUCUUCGGAGGAGAGUUUGCAUCUCCAGACGGGGAGCAAUUCUAUCAUUACAAGGACCUCUGGGUGCUUCACCUUGCUACAAAAACCUGGGAGAAUAUCAAGUCUGCAGGAGGACCUUCAGGACGGAGCGGCCACCGCAUGGUGCAAUGCAAAAGACAACUCAUUGUCUUUGGAGGAUUUCAUGAGAGCGCACGGGAUUACAUUUAUUAUAACGAUGUGUACGCUUUUAAUCUGGACUCAUUCACAUGGACAAAGCUAUCUCCUUCUGGAAAUGGACCUUCACCUCGAUCCGGCUGCCAGAUGAUUACCACCCAGGAUGGCAACAUUGUAAUCUACGGCGGUUAUUCCAAGCAGAGAAUAAAGAAGGAUGUGGAUAAAGGGACGGUGCACACAGACAUGUUCUUAUUGAAGCAAGAGAAAGCCGAUAAAUGGACGUGGGCACGCAUUAAUCCCUCCGGGGUGAAGCCUACACCUAGGACUGGUUUCUCCAUGGCUUUUGGGCCAAAUAAUCGAAGUAUCCUGUUUGGUGGCGUCUAUGACGAAGAAGAAGAAGAGAGCAUUGAAGGCGACUUCUUUAAUGAUAUUUACUUCUAUGACCUGGGGAAGAACCGGUGGUUUGCUGGCCAGCUAAAGGGAUCCAAAUCGCAAAAGAAGAAGCGGAGGCGUGGGGAGAAGAAAGCGGAGGCAGAAGCAUCGGAAGCUGCGGAAGUUGGGGACGACCAUCCUUCAGAGCCCGUUGAAAUCAUCAAAGAAAUUGUUGCAGAAGAUGGAACAAUCAUGACGAUUAAACAAGUCGUAUCCACCCAGACAGCUUCAGAAAGCGAAGAAGACGACAGCGAUGAGGAAGACGAGCAGGAAACUGCUACGGGGCCUCUUGUAGAACCGAGUCCUCGCUCCAAUACUAUGAUAGCCGUCAAACAAAGCGUCCUUUACGUGUACGGCGGAAUGUUUGAAGUUGGUGACCGUCAGUUUACCCUGAAUGAUCUCUACAGCAUUGACUUGCACAAGAUGAAUGAAUGGAAGGUCCUUGUGGAAAUGGACCCAAAGACCCAAGAAUGGCUGGAUGAAUCAGACGAUGAAGAAGAUGAAGAAGAAGAGGAGGUGGAGGGAGCAGAAGGAGGCGGCGAGGAGGAAGAGGAUGAUGAGGACGAAGAAAGUGAGGAAGAGAGCGAUGAGGAGGAGCACCCACCUGUACAGCCCCACGAGAAGUACUCAGACUACUUGCCCCGGACUGAAGAGUACUGGAUCAAACUUGCCAGAGCCAACAUGGGCCCGGAAGCCAAAGAAAAGAAGGUGGUGAAAGUAGCCCACGCCAUGGCGAAGACAUUUUACGAGUUUAAAGACUAA